ACAGAAACAUCAACUGACACUUCUACAGAAACAUCAACUGACACUACAGAAACAUCAACUGACACUUCUACAGAAACAUCAACUGACACUUCUACAGAAACAUCAUCAACUGACACUUCUACUGAAACAUCCACUGACACUUCUACAGAAACAUCAACUGACACUUCUACUGAAACAUCAACUGAAACUUCUACAGAAACAUCAACUGACACUUCUACAGAAACAUCAACUACAGAAACAUCCACUGACACUUCUACAGAAACAUCAACUGACACUUCUACAGAAACAUCAACUGACACUACUGACACUUCUACAGAAACAUCAACUGACACUUCUACUGAAACAUCCACUGACACUUCUACAGAAACAUCAACUGACACUUCUACAGAAACAUCAACUGACACUUCUACAGAAACAUCAACUGACACUUCGACUGAAACAUCCACUGACACUUCUACAGAAACAUCAACUGACACUUCUACAGAAACAUCAACUGACACUUCUACAUCAACUGACACUUCUACAGAAACAUCAACUGACACUUCUACAUCAAUUGACACUUCUACAGAAACAUCAACUGACACUUCUACAGAAACAUCAACUGACACUUCUACUGAAACAUCCACUGACACUUCUACAGAAACAUCAACUGACACUUCUACAGAAACAUCAACUGACACUUCUACAGAAACAUCAACUGACACUUCUACAGAAACAUCAACGGACACUUCUACUGAAACAUCCACUGACACUUCUACAGAAACAUCAACUGACACUUCUACAGAAACAUCAACUGACACUUCUACUGAAACAUCAACGGACACUUCUACUGAAACAUCCACUAACACUUCUACAGAAACAUCAACUGACACUUCUACAGAAACAUCCACCGACACUUCUACUGAAACAUCCACUGACACUUCUACAGAAACAUCAACUGACACUUCUACAGAAACAUCAACUGACACUUCUACAGAAACAUCAACUGACACUUCUACAGAAACAUCAACUGACACUUCUACAGAAACAUCAACUGACACUUCUACAGAAACAUCAACUGACACUUCUACUGAAACAUCCACUGACAUUUCUACUGAAACAUCCACUGACACUUCUACAGAAACAUCAACAGACACUUCUACAGAAACAUCAACUGACACUUCUACAGAAACAUCAACUGACACUUCUACAGAAACAUCAACUGACACUUCUACAGAAACAUCAACUGACACUUCUACAGAAACAUCAACUGACACUUCUACAGAAACAUCAACUGACACUUCUACAGAAACAUCAACUGACAUUUCUACAGAAACAUCAACUGACACUUCUACAGAAACAUCCACUGACAUUUCUACUGAAACAUCCACUGACACUUCUACAGAAACAUCAACUGACACAUCAACUGACACUUCUACAGAAACAUCAACUGACACUUCUACUGAAACAUCCACUGAAACUUCUACAGAAACAUCAACUGACACUUCUACAGAAACAUCAACUGAAACUUCUACUGAAACAUCCACUGACACUUCUACAGAAACAUCAACUGACACUUCUACAGAAACAUCAACUGACACUUCUACAGAAACAUCAACUGACACUUCUACUGAAAAAUCCACUGACACUUCUACAGAAACAUCAACUGACACUUCUACAUCAACUGACACUUCUACAGAAACAUCAACUGACACUUCUACAUCAACUGACACUUCUACAGAAACAUCAACUGACACUUCUACAUCAACUGACACUUCUACAGAAACAUCAACUGACACUUCUACAGAAACAUCAACUGACACUUCUACUGAAACAUCCACUGACACUUCUACAGCAACAUCAACUGACACUUCUACAGAAACAUCAACUGACACUUCUACAUCAACUGACACUUCUACAGAAACAUCAACUGACACUUCUACAGAAACAUCAACUGACACUUCUACUGAAACAUCCACUGACACUUCUACAGCAACAUCAACUGACACUUCUACAGAAACAUCAACUGAAACUUCUACUGAAACAUCCACUGACACUUCUACAGAAACAUCAACUGACACUUCUACAUCAACUGACACUUCUACAGAAACAUCAACUGACACUUCUACAGAAACAUCAACUGACACUUCUACAGAAACAUCAACUGACACUUCUACAGAAACAUCAACUGACACUUCUACAGAAACAUCAACUGACACUUCUACAGAAACAUCAACUGACACUUCUACUGAAACAUCAACUGACACUUCUACAGAAACAUCAACUGACACUUCUACAGAAACAUCAACUGACACUUCUACAGAAACAUCAACUGACACUUCUACAGAAACAUCAACUGACACUUCUACGGACAACCACCACUACACCAGAAACAACGUCUGA